UCCUCCACCUAUCGGUCUCUCCAUCUUCCCCUCUCUCCCACCCUUUUCCAGUGGUUGGCUGUUGCUCCGGCGAGCGGCGAGCAGCGUCGGCAUCGUUCCUGACUUCCUUCCGCUGCCUGCGAUCUCCGUCCCCUCUAUCCUGCGCCGCUGUAUUUCAUACGCCACCUACGGCUAGGAAGCGAUCCGCACACCGAUGGCGAAGGCAUUCGAGGAUAGCGAUGUUUGGCUGCCGGACGGGAUCUCCGGAGAUAAGGGCGGUGUCGAUUGGAAGUUUGGCAGAAAAGAUUGCUUCCCGAUCGAGUUUCCUUUCGAGUUCGCUGCGAAUCUGGACUCGCCGGUGGAGUCUGCGACUGAGACGGAGGCCAGCGACGAGGACGGGGAGGAUUACGUAGCCGGGCUCACCAAGCAGAUGGCUCGAUACUUUCUCCAGGACGAGGACGUGGACGAGGCGGUCGCUGCUGAUACCUCGGAAGCAAUGACCGGAUCGCCUCAGUCCACGCUGUGCGCGCCGUCAGCGUCGUCGAACAAGAGGAGUCCUAACGGGCCGUCGCUGGCGUCGUCCCCGAUAGAACAGAGAGGGAAGGGGAAGGACCCCGGCGUUCCUCUGCACGAGGCGGCAGGUCAGGUGCAGAUGCGCCGGCGCAUCAAUGAAUUCGGUCACCGAGAGAGCAUCCUCGACUGCGGAAACCCUAAUAAGACUUCACCGGUGCCGACUUCUCCAAAGAAAGCCGCGGCCAGCUACUUUUCCCCAAAUCCCGCGUUCACGCCGCAGCAACUACAAGCAGCUCAUGUGAAUAUUUCCCUUCCCCGAUCCAUGGAAACCAACCGACAAGCGAAAAUGCAGCAAGUCUCGGCGGCCCGGGCAAAGCAGAGCAAAGCCAAGUCCGGCGGCGGAGCUUACGGUGAGAACACCCGGUACUGCCGACCUUUGGAUCUCCCAGCCUCCGCUUGGCCGCCGUCGAGAAAAUCCCCUCCCGCGCAGGCGCAGCAGCGGAAGCCGCCGCCCUCCUCGCUCCCCGGCCGCGGCAUGCGCACCGUUUUCCUUCACGCCGCAGGGUCCAAAAAGGAGUCCACCGGCACCGGAGUCUUCCUCCCGCGCACCGUCGGCAACAAGCUGGCCCCGAAGAAAAAGACAGGCUGUUCGACCAUUUUGGUACCCGACAGAGUAAUCCAAGCGUUGAAUCUGAAUCGUGAAGACUUCGCCACUCAGCCUCGCUUUCCUGGAGGCUUCGUUCUCAGCCACGGUAAUUCCGUCGAUCCCUCCAAUUUUUCACACGAAAGAGCUACUAUUUUUUUUUCUUCUCCUUCCACAGACGUUCUCAUCGGGCGAAGUAACGCCCACAGAAAACCCCACCACAUGGCACAGGAGGCGACGCCGGUGCCACUACAACUAGCGGCUGCGGCUGCGGCUGCGGCUGCGGUUCCCGAGAGUCGGCUUCCUCGGGAGUGGACCUACUGACCUCGUCCGCCCUACUAGCACCGAUUUCACAGAAGCGUAGUGGUUACUGGUUAUGUUAGAUUGUAGGUGAUGCAAAGACCAAGGAAAAAAGAAUUAAUAAUUACAUUUGUCGCGGCCGCCGGCCGCGGCGAGGUCGCCAUCGGAGAAAUUUAACAGGGAAGCACGGCCAGGUUUAGCAAUAAAGCCGUGAUUGUGUUGAAGUUCAUGUUGUUGAAUUACGUUAUUCAAAUAAUUCUCAAUCUAAAAUAUUUGAAUA